CCACAACCGAAAGCCGUUGAGUUUCCGGAGGACGGAUCCUGGGAGGCCGAUUUCUCCAGAUGCCCAAGCUUCCUUUCCUUCCAUCUUCCCUCAGCAACGCGCUCUCUGUGAGCGGUUGAUCCACUCCUUCCAGGCCAAACUCACCGUAUACGCUUGUGAGCUGCCGUCCAUUCGUUUUCGAACGAUCUGCCGACCACCAUGCCUACCAAGGGCCACCACCGCUCUCGGUCGUCGAUCGACCGCGUCAUCGAGCUGCUGGCCGACCUCGAGGAAUCCCAAAUCGCCGUCCUUCUGGACGAACUGAACCACACCACAUCCAGCAAUGUGCCUGUGUCGGAGGCAAUUGCACUAUUUGAGCAGCAUGCGAACAAGCCGAGGCGGAGAUUUGGCCGCUCGCCGUCGCCCGUGAGAGCACUGCAGGUCGAACUGGAGCGACGUCACAGCAAGCGGAUCUCCUCGGCACCCGAACCGAAGGUCCGCACCAAGGCAGCCUCUUUUACACCACCCACCCUGCGGCAACAGACAGCCCUACCGCCAGAUCCUCCGUCAGUCUCGCCGCCAGCUCAACCCGCGCCGAAGCACCUGCAUUCCGACCGACCCGAUCACACCGAGCGGCCCUCCUUAACGCUCCCUCCCCCGGUGCCCAUCGAGCGGCCCAAGUCACCCAAGUCGUCCCCGGCCGGCUCACCAUCAGAUUUCCGACCGCCUUCGUACAAGAGGAUCAGCCGGCCCACGUUCCUUUCGCCGACGGCCACGGCCGAGCUGCACCUGCUAUUGCUAGCCUUCUUCAACGACAACCCGACCUCCGCAACCACGCCGGCCACGCCGUCCCCCUCCACGCCGCAGUUCUUCGGCAUGUCCCAUUCUCCCUUCUCCGAUUUCGAGCCCGAGCCGUGCACGCCGGGCCUCGAUCUCCUCGAGCCCUCGCCGUUUCGGACCCCAAGCACUUCGUCCGGAAGGAGUAUCCGGACGAUGCCCAGCAUGAGCAGCAUCUUCGAGGUUUUGACGUCGCAGUGAACUGAAUCUACCGUUGCCACGACAAGCUUUUGCACCAGUAUCAAACGUAAUUGUACGAUAGGGGAGGGAAGGUCUGGGAUGAUAUCCGAGCUGCAGAGCUCUUUGUUUCUUGCUACACGAGUUGCUUGUUUCUUUGCGGAGGCGAAUACAAUCUCCCUUGGGAGAGUUUAAUCACGAUCCGUUCGUCUCAAAUUCUCGUCAUUGGUCCGAGCAGAUUCGUGUUUUCAGUCCCGACACACUCCAUACUGAUUACAGAGUGCUCGUCCUUUGAGCCACAACUGCCGCUGUCCAAAAUAGACACCUUCGCUCCCACCUCAGCAGCUUACUUCGCCACCUGCCUCAUCUUGCCGCCCGAUACAC